AUGCCCGCGACUGAGGUCGGGGACCGCCUUAUUGAUGAAAUUGAACUAGCUUUCAUAGAGGAAAGUGAAUUACCUCACGUUAUAGACGCUAGCGAGCGCGACGAUGCGAAUCUAUGGCUACGUCGUACGCAGUGGGCUGUCUACCUCCGUGGAAUCGACCCCCAGCACCUUAUUGACUGCGUCCGCGCACCCGACGGCGAUUCAUCCGAUCCGACUGAAAUAGCGGCAAGUGCUAUAUGGGAUGCAAUGGCUGCUCCGCUACAAGCUUACAUGGAUGCCGAUAAUAUUGAGAGACACACCAUCCCGUGGCAGCAAAUUCUGAUGUUUUUCACUCUGCUCGGCCGUGGAGAGGCAGGCUGGCGUACGGCUGAGAGCUAUCCACCCAUUUUAUCGAAGCUGAUCAAGAUCGCACGCUUUAUGGUAGUCUAUAAGGCUUUGAAAUUGGAUUCUACGGCGGAGGCAAUGCUAUAUCAGCUGGCGGAGUAUCAAAUGGCAGGUGAUUGGGAUACCGAGAAUCUACGGACUUAUGGGUUGAAGAUCCAUUAUAAUAGCACCACGACGGGCCACAUCGGCUGGAUGAACCAGGACCAGCUACUUUACCAGCAAUUCAAUUUCACAAUAGGUGACUUCCGUGGGUUCAUCCACGGGCUCACUAGCUCAGCACGCCAAAUUCUCUACAAUGAGCUAUUAUUUACCGUCGAAAAUGGGUCAGUUCCAGCUAUUCCAUGGCAGGCAAUUUACGACGAUCCUACGGAGACAGCCCACGGGUGGAAUUUCUUAAAAGACACCCGUACCCCAUGGCCUGUGGACGGCGAGCAAUGGCUGAUCGGCCGGCGAUUCAUCGAGAGUAGUGCCGGUCGUCUACGUAUGGUAGCAAUUGACGCUUACCUUCAACGGGUAGCGUAUUUCCGUGAGAAGCUUGCUAUUGCUAUUCACGUGAGUGGUGGCCAGCCGGCUCGCGCACCCGAGCUAUUAAGCAUUCGGCAUUGCAAUACUGAUAGCGGGGGCCGUCGCAACGUAUUCAUUGAGGACGGGCUCGUUACAUUCGUCUCACAAUACCACAAGGGGUUUUACGCAUCCAAUGAUACUAAGGUGAUUCAUCGCUAUUUACCCCGGGAGGUAGGAGAGCUUGUGGUCCAUUAUUUAUGGCUAGUAUUGCCAUUUACACGGCGAUUGGAGGCGUACGUAGCGAAGGUGCGGAGAUUAGAUGGCGUGGAGGAGAUCAAAAGUAAAAUGCGUCAAGCUUACCUCUGGGGUCCCGAUCCUGGCACUAGCCGAGAUUGGUCAUCUAAGAGACUCCGUGAAGUGCUAAAGCGGGAAACCACCAUUGGGCUUAAUGGUCAAGCCAUUAAUUUGAAUGCUUACCAGGAUAUUGCUAUUGGCAUUAGCCGUCGCUUUAUACGGCCGUCUAGCGUAUUUCCCAAUAAUACGCAGCAGGACGCGGCCUAUUUAUCACACGUUGCCGGCAUGAUCUACGGUCGUGGCAUCACCGAGCAGCCUGGCUUUGUGUCCACAGAUAACGGGGGUGCCGAGAGUGCAUUAGGACUAGCCCAGUUUUCACCAUAG